GCUUAUCUGCUACUUCUUGACAACUUCUUAUCACCCGAGAAUAUACCAAACAAGCUGUAUCUAUAUAGAGCAUUGCUCAGAUGAGGUCGAUAUCCUCGCGACUUCUGAGCCCCCUAGGAGCACUCAAGUCCGACCCCGAGAUGGACGCCUUGCCCAAGGUCGAAGGUGUUUCGCCUACUGCUGGUUCGCUUGACGAGAAGGGGUCUCUCAAAGAGAAGGGUGGGUUUGCUCCCGACGAGUUCGACGUCGCUGUCGUCGGCGAUGUAUAUGAGGAUGUCCGGGCUAUAGACCUCGGAGAGAAUGGCAAGGAAAGACCCAUUGAAACGGACGUUGAUUGGUCUCUACGCCUGAUCUCGCUUGAGGACGAUCCAAGUCAACCCGUUUGGACCUUCAGGCUCUGGUUUCUAGCCGUCGGAUUUUCCUGCUUCGGAGCUGUGCUCAGUGAAAUAUUUAACUUUCGCCCUCAACAGGUGUACGUUUCACAGCUUUUCCUCCAGAUCGCGACUUAUGUCACUGGGAAGAUCAUGGAAGAGAUCAUACCUGGUCCCGGAGCUCGAUACAAGAUAUUGCGGACAUCGCCCACAGCGUUCUGGCGCUUUAUGAACCCUGGGCCCUUCAAUAUCAAGGAACAUGUAGGCUCUUUAAUCAUGGCGGCUGCCGCGACACACGGUGCCUUGGCGAUUAGCAUAUUUGCCGCAGACGACUUGUUCUAUAACACUGAGCCUAAUGUCGCUAUCGCUAUAUUCACACUUUUGGGGAGUCAACUACUUGGCUAUGGACUCGCAGGAAUGAUGAGAAGCUUUUUGGUAUAUCCCACCUAUUGUGUCUUCCCCAAUGUCCUUCCCACAGUUCAAUUGUUUGAUGUGCUUCAUCGGGGACAAGACAACAUGCUGCAGAAGAAAAGACUGAGGUUCUUCUGGGCCUUGUUUAUAGGCAUCUUUGUCUGGGAAUGGUUCCCAGAAUACAUCGCUCCUUUAUUGACGGGUAUAUCUGUCUUCUGCCUGUCACAUCAGGACAGCGCUUGGGUGACUCGAGUGUUUGGUGGCGCCUCUGGAAAUGAAGGUUUAGGUCUCUUCAGCAUUAAUCUGGACUGGAACUACGUUGGCUCCGGGGGAUCUGCCUAUGGCGCCCUCUUCCAACCUAUUCAGACUCAGAUUUCGAGCUAUAUCGGCAUAGUCAUCUGUAUUCUCGCAUUCUGUGGGGUGUACGCUCGCAAUGUGUGGAAUGCACAGAAUUUCCCAUUUUUAUCACAGCUCCUUUUCUAUGAGAAUGGGACAGAGUACAACCAGACCUUGAUAUUAAAUGACGACUACUCGUUGAACGAGGAGAAGCUCGCUGUUCAAGGGCUCCCUUGGUUCGCUGCCACACAGACUGUCUCCAAGAUCGGAGCUGCCUUGUCUUUUGGCGCUACCAUCACUCACAUCGGACUAUGGAACGGAAAACAACUAUGGGCCGCCUAUAAACAAGGUCGGAAAAAUAGCAUUCAGGACCCUCAUUUCGAGAAGAUGAAGGUCUAUAAGGAAGUCCCCAUCUGGUGGUGGCAACUGGUUUUCGUCGGAAGUGUCGCCAUGGGAAUGGCUACGAACUACACCGGUGGAUCCGAACUUCCGUGGUGGGCCUAUCUCAUUUCUGUUGGAUUUGCUGCCGUCUUCUUGCCUAUCAUUUCUACUCUCUAUGCUGUUAUUUGUUAUGUGCCCGGUACAGAGGAUGUUGCUAGGAUGCUCAUCGCCGGUCUUGUCCCUGGAAACACUCGAGCAAACAUGUACGGGACUUUAUACGCAUACAAUACCACGGAGCAAGGAAGGUCGAUGACACGGGAUAUGAAGAUAGGCCAGUACACCAAGCUCCCUCCCAGAGUGACGUUUACCAUGUACAAUAUUGACCCGACAUUUAUAGCACUCCUCAACUAUGUCAUAAUGAAGAUCGUCAUCGACGCAAACCGAGAGAUCUUACUGUCUGUUCAAGGAACAAACGUCUGGUCAGGCGCUUCUGUUCAAUCAUUUAACAGCGACGCUGUCGCCUGGGGUGCAUUGGCCAAGCAAUUGUACUCUCCUAGCUCACGAUAUGGAAUUGUGCCUCUUUGUAUUUUGAUUGGACUAGCCAUCCCUCUCCCAUUUUGGUACCUACACCAGCACUAUCCAAAAGCUCGUUUGGAUGGUUUCAUCACUCCCAUGGUAUGCACACAAAUAGGGUAUUUCUCGACUGGUAUCAGCUCUGCGACUUUCAUGACCUUCCUCCUUUGUAUCGCCAGUCAAUAUUGGAUCCGCAAAUAUCACCCAAGAGCAUUCCGCAAAUAUAAUUUUCUAGUCAGCGCGGCUUUAGACGGCGGGACCGAGGUGAUGGUGUUCGUUUACAGCUUUGCAGUCGGAGGAGCGGGAGGCAAAGUGAUCCCCUUCCCUACCUGGGCUCUCAACCCCACGGGUAACCUAGACUACUGUAAACGUUUGACGUAG